GAAAAUCCCCUUGACUUCUUACUUUUUCCUGUUUAGAAGCGUGCCCGGACAUGUUUCAACAAAAAGCUGUGUUGAUAACAUGUUUUAGUUCUGUUAUCCUAAUUUCGUGGAGAGAAUAUGUGAACAGUUUUUCACUACCUUGCAACCUUUCCACACAAACCCUUGAACACGUGAAGAGUUGUCCUGUCACGAACCUGGAAUGGGAACAGAGAGCAGCUAAAAAGCAAUGUCACCUUAUAAAGAACGAUUGCAAAGGCUUCACCUACCACUGUGUUUUGAACAGCAUGAGAACCUCAUUGUUGGAAGUUUGCGCCUCUCCAAUUAAAAUAAUCGGAGGAAAGUGUGCUAAUUAUGACGAAGGAUACAAAAGCAUAAGAAGUAGUUUUCUGUCUGACUGCAGCCAAUUUAAACCACCUUGUCCUAAUUCUUAUUCAUCCGAAGAUUCAUACAAAUAUGCAGAAUGUUAUGGUUAUGUUAUGGAAUCAUUUACUACCACAACGUCAUCAUCAUCCCCAUCACCAGCUUUAUUAUUGACGUCAUUACUCAUUCCAGCAUCUAGCACAAUAAUGUCUUCAAAAAAUCUAACGUACUCAUUGCACAUCAAUGGAACUUUGUUCAAACCCAAAAGGACAAAACAUGGAAAAGGAAAGAGUAUGACAGCCAUUUUCAUUACCGUUGCCAUCGUAUAUGUAAUUGUACUUACAGUUGUCUCGUUUCUCAUGAAAAAUAGAGGACCUUCUGAAAGAAAUAUCGUUACAACAUGUUAAAAUACAU